UGAGAAAUUUCUUUCACACCUGUUCCCCAAUGACACAAACCACAUGGUUCAAAAGGCUGGCAAUGCAUUCGCCUUCCUUUCAAAAUCUUACAUGUGUCUUGAGCAAAAGAACAACGAAACCCGCAAUUCACCAAUAACAUCUUCCCGAUCCUCUUCGUUUUCAUGCAUGCGAAAUUCCCUUUGUUAUUGACCGGCCAGGUGACCAAACUCCUAUUUCAAAAAAUGCGUGCACUGCUCUGAAAACACCCCAAUUUGAAAUCCUGACGCUUCAAACGUGUUUUCGUUUAUUCUUGAACACCAAACUUGAAGUUCGAAUCGAUUCAUACACCAUAUCGCGGGCUUUAACCCCGUGGGAGGCCAAUCACUCCAUCGCCCUCAUCACGCUGAUACCAACCCACACUGAGAUCAAAAGGAUGUUCCUGCUUAUUGUGGAAGAUCUUUUGGAUUGAGAAAGCCCUCUUUCACUGACUGAGCGCAUCAUCUCUCAACCAAGGGCUCUCUUCACUCCUCCUCUGUCUUUUGUUCCGUCUUGCCUCACUUUCUCUUUCUCCUUUCUCCCUUUUUUCUUGUGGCUUUGGAUAUUGCCAUGGAAAAGAAAUGGAUCUAUGCAUAUUGGCACUUUGGGUCGAUGGUUAUUCAGAUUUGAUACUGUGGGCAUGGCUCAGGAUCCACACCCUUCGACCUUAAAGGUCGAAUGUGCCCCCAUGGCCCAUCCUCAGUUGAUUUCACCCACCCGCGAAGGUCUCAUUGAGAAUGGGAACCUGGGGCAGGUCAAAUCCCGACUUUUCCAGAACCACACGACCAAUGAUGACUUCUUCGAUGCCAAAUCCCAACGUUGGAUUCAGAUCGACAAUUUCUCGUUCGAGAAUGAAGCCAAUCAUUUCGAUAAGCCCGCUUCCUCCAUUUCGGAAGAUUCAACAUCGGCUUCCAUCCUGGAUGCCCAGACCCUGGAAACGGGGGCCUUUGGUGUGGAGACUGGGACCGAAGAGGCCUUUGAGGCCGUGUUCAAGCGGAAUCUCCGCGACAGUGAUAGCUCCACAGCAAUCCCUCCGCCCCCAAUUAAAGUUCCCACGCCCAAAGGAGGGAGCAAGUUUGUCAGAAAUCCCAAACCAGUGCGACGAUCUCACUCCAAUGUGCUGAAGUUGGUCCAAAGACGGAGUCUGGAACCCUCUUCCAAAUGGAACAGCUCGACCAAUUUGAAGGUGAAUCCGAUCAAUGAGGAGCCAUCCUCGAUCUUGUCCUCUGUCCAAUCCCGGAGUGAGGGGUCUUUGGAUCAAAUUGGGAACAACCACAGAUUCUCGCAUGUUCAAAGCAAAGUGAAGCAAUACAUUGAAGAUGUGAAGAACUUGCCCAAAACGAAGAGAGACGAGCAUCCCUUAUCGCCAGCCAGGAAAUCCUUGAGUUUAUCUAAUUUGAACCAGACCAACGAUUCCUUAAGGACCAAGAGCCAACUUCAACGGAUGAAAGCGUUCAUUUCUACUUCCAAUCUGGAUGAUCUUCAAGUGGUGCUCAAACGUAAUCAAGAGGGCCCCCAAGGUCAAGGCGGAGAUUUGAUGUUGCCCAAGUUUGACAAAUCCCGACUCGAUCGACUUCUGGACGAUCUCAGUGACGACAGUGAGACCAUCGGAGGAAGUGAGGAUGGCAUGGAUCCCGAAAUCACGUUGGAUGUGGAGGAGAUCUUGCGAUUGGCACUCAUGGAAAGACGAGAAAAACGGGAAACAGAACACGUCCUGUCCCAACUCCAAGCCAACUAUGAUUCAUUACAAAGAAAAUAUGCCCAAGCCGAGAACAAGAUUGACAAGUUGAGGUUUAACAAUACCUCGGGGUGCGCCUUGGCGGAGUUUUCUGAACCAAUACGGACUUUCAAUCACGACUCGGCCUUCACAGAAGCUAAUACCAGCCUUCUGUUUGGCGGCACUCAUCCGUUUGCCAGCCAUCCCGGCUCUGUAAUCUCCAGGGAUGAAGCGGAUUCCACGACACGAGAGGUUCAUCAUCAUAAUCAUCAUCAUCAAAGUCAUCACCACAACCCUCCUCCCAAGGGGCAAGAGUCCACGAGUAAAAUGUCAUUGAUGAGUCACGACAACCGGUUCCAAAACGAAGUGAGUCAUGAGAGUGGAUCCACAAGUGAAAUGUCCAUGAUCAAACGUCUCAAAGACAUUGAAGAGAAGCUAUUUGGUUUGGAAAUAGUUUCCAAUUUGACCAACUCUCAACGUGCCAAGGCCACUGAGGACUUGCAAACAGCCUUUUCUCGGUUACUACAAACGAGCGACCAAACUUCGCAGAAUCCCCAUUUCCAAGCUCUUUUGAAGGACGUGGGUGAGAAAUUAUCAGACAUGGAACACCAACAGCGCCAAGGCUUGGAGCAACAAAUCGAUCCCAUUCAGAAAGUUCGCCAUUGGAAUGAAAUGCAUCGUGAUCAGAGCUUCAGUCCGACCCUUCCAAUGGACGACAUUGAAAAGGAAGGACUAGGAUCCCCGCCUGCCGAAUUCGAUAGCGGAUAUCCUGGAUCAGAUCGAAGUGGGAAAUUUUUCUCCCUCAAAGGAACUCCUCCUCAAUUGCACCACGUUCUUAGCCAUGUCGAGGAACGAGAUGAAUCCCAACCCAUUGCUCCCAAUGCACAACUACAUCAUCCUGUGAAAGAGAACCUCAUCCGGGUCCAUCAUCUCCAUUCAGUCACCGAUCUCAGCUCAGAUGAGAGGAGCAUGUUCGAUCCCGCCACCAAUACCCUCAGCUCCAGUAAGCAACCCGUCAAUCUGGCCCAACAAAUCGAUGACGAGAUCCUCGAGUUGAGGAACUUCUUCGAGGAUCACCGUGAAGAAAUGUUGAGCAUGCUCCACGGAGACACCGAUCUCAUACCAAUGUCGCUCAAACAGUUGAAUCAAAAGUCUCAGAGGCUCCAAUCUCAACCGUCCAAACCAAACGAUCCGCCAGAGUCUCCGUCUGACUCAGAUGCAUUCGAUUUGGAACGAAGGCGAGCGUUCCAAAAGCGACGAGAGCGUUCCAAGCAAAGGCGAAAUCUCUCCGUCCAAUCAAAUUAUCAACCCUCUAGUCAGCCUAGAUUCCAAAUAGGUCAGACUGUCACCAGUCCAAUUGAGCCUGUGCCCAUCUCGUCGUUUUUCCCCGAUGUCCAGGUCAAACAUGGAAAACAAGAACCAAAUUGCGGCGAGAAGAUCCAACUUGAGAACAAAGCUCACAAGUCAUCGAAGAGAUCGCGCAAGGCCAAACGCGAAAUGAAGUCGCUCUUAGAAUCGUUGGAACAAGCCAAUCAGAUGGCGAGCACUUUGCGUCGAAAGUCAGAAGAGAUCAUUCACAUUCUCAACAACGAAAUUCAUCAGAAACAAAGAACAUGCUGUUCCAUGUUGGCCACUGAAUGAGUCAUUCCAUCCGCUAAUAUGCUGGAGAAAGAAAUACAUUCGAUUUUAAAUGAC